AUUUUUUUUGUUUAUGUCUUGUAAAUUGCUGUCGACUUGCCAAAAAACUUUUUGAUUAAUAAGGUCCCGCUUUGCAAAACGGACGGUACAUUGGCGAAAAGGAUUGAUUUCCACUUAGCUCUUUUUUUUAUGUAACAUUCACACCUACAUUGAAUGGUAAAUAUAUUAUAUACACUUAGCAUUCUGCAAGCCAAUCGGCAUUAGUUUUAAUACUCUGUUAUAAUUAAACUGUAUACACUUCACUUAAAUUAUAAUUUAAAUUGAUCGAAUGAACAGCACUAUUAAGUGGACAAUUAUUGGAGGCAUUGCUUAAACGGUUGUGAUUCUCCUAGCAGGUUAUUGCAAAAACAGACAAAUUAUUUUGUCUCUAUAGGGUACCAAGUUCCAGUGUUGGUUAAAAAUAAAUUUACUUCAGCUUGCAAGGAAGCUGUUGUUUUACUUUUUACAUAACAGUAACUGUUUAAUAAAAGGGACGUUUGUCUAAACUGUCACCGAAUGUGUGAUAUAUAUUUUAUCAUAUGGAACUUUGACAUUUUAUGUCUCUAGUGAACACCUGGACACUUUUCUCGACGUUUACAUGUGCUCCCACGACGAAAAACAAUUGAAAGCAAUUUACUUUUAUCAUUGACAUCAAGAACCACGGAAAAUUGUGAGAAAAGCCAAUUAUUUCGGCUAAUGAUAAAAAUGCCAAUUUCCUUUUUCACUUUAUGAGGGAACUACCUUUAGAGUCUGCAGUCGCUUUCUCUACGCGAUCUAUACUGCAGAUACACAAACAACUGAUGCGGGAACACUCGAGAUCAACAGGAAGAAGAUGCUGCUGGCCACUUUCUCAGACGAAGUUUGCGUUCUAUUUAGCUCGCCCAGAGAACGCGAGUCUGCUGACGUUAUUUAACAGUAUGUAGAGCUAUUUAAGGAAUGGGCCAAAAGGUGGAACCUGUCAUAGCAACCACUUGGAUGUGCGAUGCAGAACAAGUCGUUAAGAGCCAUUACCGGCUGCGAAUGGUACGUGAGUAACAAGACUCUGCACAGAGAUCUUGGCAUACAUACGGUGGAAGAUCAGAUCUCCCGCCAUUCCAGCCGGUACAACGAAGACGGAUGUCGCACAGUAAGGCAAUUGAAAAGGAGACAAAAUCUCUUUAAUUUAACCUAAAGAACUACAAUUAUAAUGUACUAAAUUUAUAUAUACAUAUAUAAAACUUGGAGACAAUGACGCAGCCCAAGUUUGUUGACCCAUGUUGCCACGCCCACUCUAACGCCCUCAAGCCGCCAAUUAUCGGUAGAUUUGCACAUAAUAUGUGCAACGAGUGUACCCAGAUUGUAUCCCUAAGGGAACACGGAUAUCAGCACGAGUUCUCUGUUGAAAAAAUUUGAUUAGAAAUAAAGCUAAGCAAAUAAUAAAAAUUAUUCAUAAAGCGUCAAUAUAGUUUGGUUAUCCACGCAGAACGUUUCCUGCCCUCAAAUGAAACUUAAAUUGCUUGGGACAUUUCUUGUAUUAAGCUUGGCAAAAUUCGGAGCGGUUUAUACAGACUCUAAUUAUACCGAAUCGAAAUCAUGUGUAAAAUGUGAUAACAAUUGUAACGAUGACGACGAUCUCUGGCACUGCAUUCGAAUUUGUUGCCCUCGUAAAGAUAUGAUGGCCAAUGGCGGUUGUAGUUUUAAGGAACAACUCUUCCGAACAAAACUUAAUUUAAACAUAAAACUCGAUGACAAUUCGACAGAGACCCUAUAUUUCAACAACCAAACCCUGCUUACAACGCCGUUUUGGGAUAUAGAUGAAAUGAUCGGUCUGACCAGAGAUGAGUACACGUUGUACAAGAACGGAACCAUAUAUAUUCACUCCGACAAGAGGCUCAAGUCCAAAGAGGAAUACUGUUUCUAUCCCCAUCAGAUUUAUUCGGACUUCCCAGAAACCAUAUGGAUUCUUUUACACGAGUGGUCAUUAUUAAAGAUACCAGGAACUUAUGAGCUCACAUCAGUUUCUCUUAUAUGCAAUAUCUUCACAAUCGGCAUUUAUCUUUUCGUAAAAGAACUACGAAAUGUCUUUGGAAUGUGCCUAGUGAGUUGCAUAUUCUGCAUAUUUCUUACAUACCUGAUCUGGCUUAUAGAUAAAUUAAGAUGGAUUGAUGACUUCUGCUCACUGGCAGGUUAUAUCUCUUACUUCUUUGACUUUGCCUCUUCUGUUUGGCUCUCUGUAAUUAGCUUUUGUUUAUGGAAGCAAAUCACAGGGCUCGGUCGCCAAGAACAUCGCCAUCAGUUUCUGUUAUACAGUAUCUUUGUCUGGGGCAUUUCUACCAUCCCACUCGGUAUCAUCUUUUUGAUAAAUCAACUUUGGGAAAAGGAUCUCCAGAAAUGGAACUGGUUACCCUUAGUAGGCUUCAGUAGAUGCUCGGUGGAGGUCUAUAAGUGGUCGUCCUGGGUUUAUUACCUGGGGCCUUCUAUUACUAUUUGUAUCAUUAAUAUUAUUAUAUUCGUUCUGACCAUCAAACACAUUAAAAAAACGAAAAGAGAAAUCAAUAAGUUAACGCAUCGACCAGAUGGAACCACAAUGUGCCUUACUGUCGAUUUUCAUAAGACCCUAUUAUAUCUUCGGAUCUUCGCCAUUAUGGGCGGAUCUUGGAUACUGUUCUACGUUUCGAUGCUAGAAUUGAAUUCCAAAUUUUGGAAUAUUUUCGUUAUACUAAUUCGAGUGCUCCAUCGUGGUUUUGGUAUCUUAAUAUGUCUGUUGCUCUUUUUUAAGCGCAGCACCUAUCGCCUGUUCAUUAAUAAGUAAGUUCUCCUCAAAUUAUAUUUUUUCUUUAAUGACAUAAGUAUAUUAUAAUCAGAAUUCGUGGUGAGAACUUUUAACACAGCCCGAUGCACAAAUCAUGUUUGAUUAUUGAUGAACCAAUGUUAUUCAACACUGUCUACAAAUAUUUUAAUUUUAAAAUAGGCUUAUAAAGUGAAACAAUUUUUAUUUUAUUCAAAAUAAUAAUGAUUUACAAUUUUUAUAUAAGUUAAAAGCUUCGAGAAAGUCUAUAGGUCAUGUUAAUAAUCAGGGCUAUGAUGUAGUUAUCGAUUGAUAAUAUCUGGGUUGCAAAACGAUCAAUGGCGAAAAAGGAAUUUAUUCCACUUAACUCUUUUUAUACACAUUACUGGUAGAGUAAAAGGGUAUACUUGAUUCGUUUGUGAUAUGUUAUUUUUCUGCAGAUAUGCGCUAGAAGAUAAUUUACACAGCCAAACUAUUUCGUAGGUCUGUCUUUGUUGAGUCCAAAUACAUAAACUGUGAUUUGCUGUUGGAAGCUGUCGUUUUACUACUUUUAUAAUUAAAGCGAAGUGGAAAAAGCUUUAAACUGUGUGACACCAAAUGGGUUUUAUAUCAAAUUAUGGGAUAUAUUUAUAUUUUACAACUUUACACUUUUCUACAUCGAAAAAUAAUGGAAAGCAAUUUACUUUUAUCAUUUCCCAAAUAAUACCCCAAUUACAUCAAGAGCCACAACACUUUUAUUUCGGCUAAUGAUAAAUGCGAAUUUUAUAUAUUUAUAUUAUUCACUCCGACAAGGAGCUCAAGACCAAAGAGGAAUACUGUUUCUAUCCUCAUCAGAUUUAUUCGGACUUCGGAUUGUUUUACACGAGUGGUCAUCGAUAGCGAUACCAGGACCGUAAGGCAAUGUCUAUAAAGAAAACUUUCUAUCAUAUCUGCGGAUCUUCGCUAUUAUUGACGCAUCGUGGAUAUUAUACCUAGUUUCGGUUAUAGAAUUGAAUAGCAUCAUUUGGAGCAGCACCUUUCGCCUGCUCAUUAACAAGUAAGUUAUCGCCAAAUCCGUAUUAUCUUAUCAUACCCGUUAUUCGUAGAGUAAAAGUGUAUACUGGAUUUGUUGAAAAGUAUGUAACAGGCAGAAGGAAGCGCUUCCGACCAUAUAAUGUAAAUAUAUUCUUGAUCGGGAUCAAUAGCCGAGUCGAUCUGGCUAUAUCCGUCCGUCUAUCCGGCCAUAUGAACGCCGAGAUCGCAGAAACUCUAAAUGCUAGAAAGAUGAGAUUAAGCAUACAGACUCC